AUGACUGGUGGUAUUUCUGAUUCUCUCCAAGCCAUUGGUGUUAAGUCAGUAGGUGAUAAUUAUACCUAUUGGGCAUAUGUCAUGAAGAAUUUUCUUCUUGGUAAAAAUGUUUGGACCUAUGUUAUUGGUGAAUCUUCCAUGCCCUCUGAUGUUAAACUUGAAAACUCUAAUGCGCUUCUCUCUACAUGGCAAGUCACUAACGCCAAGAUUGUUACUUGGAUCAACAAUUCUGUGGAUCAAUCGAUUGGUAUUCAUUUUGGAAAGUUUACUACUGCCAAAGAAAUUUGGGAUCAUCUCUCUCAUCUCUAUGUUGAGUCUAAUUUUGCAAAACAGUAUCAGUUAGAACGUAAGAUUCGGGCUACUUCUCAAGGUGAUAAGAGUAUCCAAGAGUUUUAUUCUGUUACGACUGGGUUAUGGGAUCAAUUGGCCUUUACGAAGCUUAAGGCAUUAAGUACUCAUACAGAGUAUUGUACUUAUUGUGAGGAGCAGCGUUCGGUUCAGUUUCUUAUGGCACUUAGAGCUGAUUUUGAAGGACUGUGUGGUACCAUUCUUCAUUGUAGUCCUCUUCCCACUAUUGACUCUGUUGUGAAUGAAUUGUUAGUUGAAGAAAUUCGUUUCAAGGGCAUUCUAGGCAAAGAUUUACUUCCCUUACCGAGUCAGACUGUUCUAGUCAUCCCUUCUAGUAAUCAGAGUCGCUCAUCCGUUCACACACCACUAGAUGAAUGUAGUUUUUGUCAUCAAAAAAGUCAUUGGAAGGCUCAAUGUCUUCGACUUACUGGACGUCCUCAUUCUGGUUCGUCCUUAUCUUGGAAGAAGGGUAAUGAUCACUCCUCUAUGUCGCCGAUGCCUUGGAAAAAGGGUUGGAACUCCAUACUGCAGCCACCAUUCCCUCCCUAG